GAAAGGAUUGUUUGUUGUCAAAAUGGAGUUCUUACUGGGAAAUCCGUACAGCACUCCCGUGGGCCAGUGUAUAGAGAGGGCCACAGAUGGAGGCCUGCAGAACGAAGACUGGACCCUCAACAUGGAGAUCUGCGACAUCAUCAACGAAACAGACGAGGGGCCAAAAGAUGCCAUGAGAGCGCUGAAGAAGAGGCUGAGUGGCAACAAGAACUACAGAGAAGUGAUGCUGGCGCUGACGGUAUUGGAGACGUGUGUGAAGAACUGCGGUCACAGGUUUCACGUCCAGGUGGCCAACAGAGACUUCAUUGAUGGUGUUCUGGUCAAAAUCAUCUCCCCCAAAACUAAUCCUCCGACUAUCGUUCAGGAUAAAGUGCUGUCUCUCAUUCAGGCCUGGGCCGAUGCCUUCAGGAGCAGCCCCGAUCUAACCGGGGUGGUCCAUAUUUAUGAGGAGUUGAAGAGGAAAGGCAUCGAGUUCCCGAUGGCAGACUUGGAUGCUUUGUCUCCCAUUCACACACCACAGAGAGGUACACCUGAGGUGGAUCCGGCCAUGAUCAAGUACCUCGCCCCCGCCUCACCUGCUGCUGCUGGGACGCCUAAACCUGCCCCAGCUGCACCGGCUACACCACAGGUCUCCAGCAUGCCCAGCCCCAUCACUGCAACCCCUGAACAGAUUGCUCGGCUGCGUAGUGAGCUGGACGUAGUGAGAGGAAACAUCAAAGUCAUGUCAGAGAUGCUCACUGAGAUGGUUCCCAGCCAGGAAGACGCCUCGGACCUGGAGCUGCUUCAGGAGCUGAACAGAACAUGCAGAGCGAUGCAGCAGAGAGUGGUGGAGCUGAUUUCACGUGUCUCUAACGAGGAGGUGACGGAGGAGCUUCUACAUGUCAACGAUGACCUCAACAACAUUUUCCUUCGAUAUGAGAGGUAUGAGAGGUACAGAUCAGGCAGAGCUGCACAGAACAACGGGAUGUUAAGUGAAGCCACAGAAGACAAUCUGAUAGACCUGGGUCCAGGCUCUCCUGCUGUGGUCACCCCCAGGGUCACAUCCAGCCCUCCACCCCCAUCCACAGCUGAAGCCUCAGCCUUCCCAGCCCACACCGCCACCAACGCCUCCCUGUCCACUGCACUGGCUGGUCUUGAUGUGGCUUCAGACAGCGUCAGCGGCACCCUGUCUUCCCUGUCGGGCCGCAACCAGGACGAUUUGGACAUGUUUGCCCAGACCAGGAGCAGCUCUCUGGCGGAGCAGCGCAAAAAUGUAAAAUAUGAAGACCCUCAGGCUCUGGGCAGCCUGGCCUCCGCUUUGGAUGUCAGACAACAGAAUGCAGGAGGGCUGAGGGUAAAAGGGGAUGAUAACCCGGCAGAUCAGGAGCUGCCCAUAGACAGCUGGCUUAUUACCCAAGGAAUGAUCCCCGUAUCGCAGUCCUCUGUCAUGGAUGACAUAGAGGAGUGGCUCUGUGCUGACGUGAAAGGGGAUGCUGCUGAGGAGGGAGUGACCAGUGAAGAGUUUGAUAAGUUCCUGGAGGAGCGAGCAAAGGCGGCGGACACUCUGCCGUCUCCCCCCGGAGCUAACCCUGCUCACCCCGCUCGGGCCGCCGGUGGCUCCCAGAAGAAGGCCGAGCGGACGGAAGAUGCCCUCUUUGCCUUGUAGACUGUUCUCAGAGAACUCUGAUCUCUCCGGGGGCGUCUAAAGGUCUUCGCCCUGAAUGAUUCCACCCCAAACAGUCCUUCCAGUACCAUUUCACCGCUGGCUGGCAGCGGUGUAGCAACUGAUCUCCACCUCCUCGUUGUUCUCUCGCCGCGGCGUCGCUCUAACCUACACAGGUCCAACUUGUUUACGGCGCACUGUUGUGUUGCGUUUUACUAUACAUGGAUGUAUUAAUCGGUUAUUGUGGGAUGUACUACUCGCAGCCCCGCGUCUCAUUCGCAACACUCCACCAAAGGAAGACAAUCCGACUUGUCUCGUGUGGUUUCAGAAUGUGGUAUAUUACUGCGAGAUUAGUGGGAAGUUUCACUGCAGGUUCGUGCAUCGAGUCAGUAUAAAAGCAUACAAUUAGUUCAUGCCAUUAUCUUACUACAGUCAGCUAAUUGCUUAUUUAUGCAUUUAUUCUUUUAAUGGUUUGUUUGUCUGUGCUACGUACUAGCGCUGUGGUUAUGAUGUCCACGCACAUGUUUUUUUUAUUUCCACAAAUACUCCAGUAAAGAGUUCUAGUUAGGCUUUCAGUACUGCGACAUGCCCGAAAGCACUGAAGAGAAAAGACUCGCAUUAGGAGGCUAAUUUUGCUCAUUAGGAAUAUAAUAGCAAAAUCAUAGCUAAUCUUUAACUGUGUAUGCCGGCGUUCCUCUAACCAAAGGGAAUUAAAAAACAAAAAAAAAUCUAAAAAAGUUAGGAUCCUCUCUUAUGUAUUCCACAUGGCUACGGGGAAGGAACAUGCCCAUGGAAUAUUCCCCAUUUGUCUUUUCAGUCCAAUGAAAAGCUACAACAAAUAAACAGAGAAAAUUGUUGAACAAACACUCGUAGCCAUUCCAAAGAAUAUGAAGGCUUUAAUGACCAACUGGUUCCUAAUUUCAUCUGUCGAACAAUAAUGACAUUCGUGCUUUUCGGUGUUACGGGGCCAUGAACAUUUUCCUUCCCCCCGUUACAUAAAUGUGCACUUUGAAGCAAAAACAAAUCUCUAUUUUGUCCUUUGUGUUUACAAGAUGGUUACUAUUUUUCUAGGGGAUGGGAAAUGAUCUUUAGGAUAACUUCAUUUUGCACAUAACUUUUCUAACUGUGUAGUUGCAGUGCUUGUUCGCAUAGAAGUGGAUAGAUGGACUGUUGCAAAAAGUUUUAGAAAUUUUAAAAAAUCCACGUCAAAAAAAGGGAUUUAAGUGACCAGUAUGACUUAGAAUUGGCAUUACAACCGACAAAAUGAAGCAAACGUACCUUGCAAUAAGGACAACAUGUAUUCACAGAUCUUCAAAUAUUCAAUGCUAUUUAAUCUAUAUACCUCAAAAUACAGGAAUUUUGCUUUCUGUGUCUGGCUAGAAGUAUACUGGUGCAUAAAAAUAUCUGAAAUCUAGAGAGCUUCAUGUAUUAUUUGAUCCCCGGGUGUAUUUUUAUGGUUCAUUGCAGCUCUUUUUGUGGUUGAGGCUGAAGCUUGCAGCAAACCAGCACAACUCUGCUUUCUUUGAUUCGAGCAGGCAAACGUGUAUUUUCAUUCUUGUUGUGUUUUCAUCCCGGUGCGAUUCAUCUGCUCCUGUUGGAGGUGCUGCCAAGCAUUUCCGUGAUUGACUGAUUUCAGCAAAGUAGCUCUGACUGGAGUUUGUCUUUGAUGUGCACAAGAUCACACUUUGAGGCAAAAAGGAAUCCUGUCUUCAUUCCAGCUCUUUCACUUAAUUUUAACUUCACUCUGCACUUAAGAGAUUUUUUUUUCUUUUCUUCUUCCAGUCCAUUUAAGACCAAAAGCCUUGUUAAUCAGAGGCGGCACAUCUGAGUCUCCUUCCAAGUUGUAAAAUCCUACUCAUGCGUCAAAAUAGGUGAAUUACCCAUUGUCAGUAUGGGCCUUCUACUAGAGGAAAGUGUUUAAUAUUCUUGUUAACAUAGAUGCAAAGGUGACACUGAAAACUUACUUGUGUCUACGUAAUCACUACAUGACUAAAUAUUUAAAUGUAUUUUAGUUAAGAAAAUUAAUAACUAUCGAGCUUUAAUUUUCUUUAAUGCUGUAUGGCUACAUAUGGAUAUGUAGGUUUAAUAUGGUUGCCAGGUAACUGAGAUAUUAAUUUUUAGAAUCAACCAUUGUGUCAUAUUUGAAAACCUUUUACUGCGCAGACUGAACAAAGACAAAAAUGUAACAGGAGCUCCUUUAAAAGGGAGCUUCGGCAGUUUUCUGUAUUCAUGUAUCUCUGGAUCUGUAACCGAGUGUAUUGUGUUAUGAAGCUUAAGUCCUGAUCGCAACAUGUAUUCCUCGAAAUUCUGGCUACGUGGUUACUGAAUGUCCUUAACUCUGGUGUGUGGACAUGGAGCAGAGGCUCGUGCUGUUGUCGGUGGGCGUUCCAUGUCUGUUUGGCUGUGCUGUCUGCUGCCAUUACUAAUGGUCAGGUCUGUAUUUGACCGAAUGCACGUAUGUAACUGCCCAAUAAAACACUAGCAAUGUGUGACCUCUACCUCA